AUGGCGGCCAAAGGGUCUGUGGAGGAGAAUGGCUGUGCCGGAGAACUGGAUAAAACAUCGGUACAGAACGCGUUAACUAAUAUCAGUGCGGUGCUGCAGAAUGCAAUGUUCGAUCACGCCUUCGCCCUCAAUCAAAACGAAACCGACGAACACGAGAAGAGGGAGGAAAUGCUAGCGUCCUGUUUGUCGAGCGGUCCGUGGAUUAAAAAGAACGAUCUCCAGAGUUCAAAUGCCCCGCUGACCUUGUGUUCCAAAACUGACCCUGAGGUGAGGAGGACUCUGAGGAUAGACAGAUCUGGAAGUACAGAGAGCGUGGUGACCACCAGUGGAGUGGAAUCUUGUCAGUCGAGCAGCGCAGCCAGUGAUACCGCCAGCGAGCCGAGUUCUCCGUCUCGGCCUGUCACUCCACAGCCCAUGCCUCCAGUGCCUACCAACCACUGCCCUUAUGAGUGCCUGCGAGCAGACAGCGAGGACAGCGGUCUGGGUCCAAGUCCGGCCAAGUCCCUCGUCAACCCGAACUCCCCGGAAGGUUCCGUCUCGCCCAUACAGUUCGGUCGCAUAGGCGAGAGCUUCAGCGAGAGGGACGAAGAUGACCGAUCCGAUUCACUCUUGGACCUCAGCCCGCGAACUGAUAACAGCUACGAGUCGGAGGAAAACAACAAAGAGCCAGGACUCGAUGAUGCCUUUAGUCGGUUCUGCCUUCCACUUACCGACGAGCCUGCCGUCGUUCCAAAGAGUCCUAAACUACUGUCACCCAAGAGCGUCUCAAACGGUUCCAAUUUCCAGUUCCUGUUGUCGUCAACAACAAAUUGUGUAAAUAUCAAUCAAACGGAAAAUUUCCGACUGCUCCAUCACAACAGCAACCAUUCGAUGGUCAAAUCUUCGCAGUUUCCUCAUUUACUGAACUCAAUUGAAAAGUCUGCAUCAAAAACCUUCUACGAUGAGCAGGCUCGUCGUGACACAAAAACAAACUCAGACACAUUGUUUCAUUCGCAGCAACCAUUGCCUUUACAAAGUGCUUUCACCAAAGCCGAUUGCAUCAAAAAUCUCUGCAACGGGUUAAAUGCAUCAUGGGUCUCAUCGUCAUCCCAGAAACUAUCCAGCACAGACCAACUUUUUAUUCAGAACUCAGCUCAUCUCAACCCCAAAGUGGUUCUCAUAAGGACGAACUACGACGGUGGUGGCCGGAACUUGUACUCAGACGAAAGCAGCAGCCACCAAUCCUCUCAAUCCUCUUCAUACAGUGCGAGGGACUCUACUCCUUCGGAUCUCUGCCACGAACUUACUAGUGACUGCACAUCCUCAAACUGCAGUCAAAGUGGUGUUGCGGACUGCAGCCAAGUCGGCAGCGCCGGCUCAGGGGCUGGCGAUGACGGCGCUUGCAAAUGGCUAAACUGCAACCGUUCUGCGGAUGCUAAUACCACUGCCACGGAUCUUAUAGAUCACAUUCGUGAGUGCCAUGUACAGAGUCAACCAGACGACAGCAAAAGCUACAUGUGUCUAUGGGUAGGAUGCAAAGUGUACGAGCGGCCUUCGUGCUCGCGCAGCUGGCUGGAGAGGCACGUGCUGCUGCACGGCGGCAGCAAACCCUUCCGGUGCAUCGUCGAGGGGUGCAACCAGAGAUUCAGUUCCGAGGUCGUGCUGCAGAGGCACGUCAACUCCCACUUCCCUCAGUCCAGGAGCAAAGCCGGCGAUAACGCCAAUGCAAAGCUGCUCCGGAGGAAGAAGCAUAAACACAGGAAGAAACCGCAGUUUCAUAAAUGUAAGGAUUUUUUUGACGAUGCUACCUUAGAGUAUGUAAGGCAUAAUUUACUACAAUUAAGUUCUAUUGAAGGAAUGUUCCCAGGAGGACCUCCAUCAGCCGUCACAUUCCAUAGUACGGUAAUUGCAAAAAGAAGAGAUGAAAAGGGUCGUGUCAAUGUUCUUUUGCAUUGGAGUCCUGAAGAUAUGGUUCCUGACUCAUGGGUUGCAGAAAGUGAUAUGUGUUCCAACUUUGAAAAAACCAUUCCAGUUUCUAAAUUACCUCCAGAAGCUCUGCAGCUUUGUUCAUUAGAAGCCCUCAAGACCUCAGGUAUCCUACCUCGACCUGGGAAACGCAAAAGAAAGUGA